UCGAGGGUUGGUUAGGAUCGCGAAAAGCAUACCCAUUGGCUGUUAACGCCUCUUUUCACUGUAUCCCUGUUUCAAUUAGGGGUUGCGAGCGUCCUGGGCGGGGCUUAAGCUCCCGAGGGACGUAGUCACCUGACGCGGCCGCAAUCCACGUGCUUAUGAGGUCGGGAUAACACGUGUCGUUUCCUAAUCAAAUUCGUAACGAGUGUCGUAAUUACAUUUUAAUUUUUGAAAUAAAACUAAUUUGCGAGACCGCAAAAGUUUAAAACAACAAUAAAUGCAUAAGUAAAGUUUGCUUAAGUUAUUACCUUGGUAUUUGAAGUGAUAUUAUGGUUAAAUAAUUAAAAGCUAAUAUUUCUUUUAAAAAAGAGAACUUCAUCUGUUCUGAUAAUGAGCGAAUCAUUAAAGAAACAGGAAAUGGAGAAAAACACUUCAAUUCAUCCCCCCCGACCUUCAUCUCCGAGGAAAUUUUUCGCUCGUAUUUAUGGCCACUUAGAAAAACCUCAGCAACCGCAAGUAGAAGAAAGAAUAGAACAGAAGAAGGCAGUGACUGAUAGCGAUUCGUGUUCUGACGUAGAAGUCGAAGUUAGCGAAGGUGUGAAUAGGAGCCCGCAAGUUUUUGCGCCACCUCCUCUUAUGCCUUUGUGUCCUCGACCAAUGUUACUUCCCCACCAGCAAUUAGCAUUUGGAGCAGGUUUAGCUGCAUUCUUGGCUCGUAGACGUCGCAAAGAGAGUCGACCUCGUCGUCAACGUACAACAUUCUCGGCGCACCAGACUUUACGCCUCGAACUGGAAUAUGCAAGAGGCGAAUACGUCGCUAGAGCGAGAAGAUGUGAGCUUGCAUCAGCAUUGUCUCUGAGCGAAACACAGGUCAAAAUUUGGUUUCAAAACCGCAGAGCCAAAGAUAAAAGAAUAGAGAAGGCGCACCUUGAUCAACAAUACAGGCAACUAGCAGCGGCGUCAGGUUUCUUUCCGACUAUAAUCAGCGCGCCCUACGCCCCAACGUGUCCUUGUCUACCAGUACAUCCCCAACAAACAGUCAAUAAGUGAAAUACUUUAAGUUUUUGUAUAAGUUUAAAUAUAAGAUAACUUAGUAAAUAUUGCUAUUAAUCAAUCGAUCUCUAUAAAAUAACGGUCGAAUACUGGAACAACAUUUAAAUGUGUAACGACGUCCUAAAGUUAUUUAAAUGAUAUGGUCCCCUAAGAUGACUGUGGAGGAUACGCCGGUAGACGUAGACCUAAUGACACGGAUGGUUUUUUUCUUUUAAUAUUAGUAGAUUUUGUUAAUUUACUAAGAUCUCUUUGGUAAGAUAUAGUUUACAAUAGUCAAAUGGCCGGAUUCGAACCGUCGCCAUGUGAUCGGAAAUCUGUACUCCUAACCAUUAGGCUAUUGACGCUUAAAUUUGACGAUUGUGUGAAAGGUGAUUAGAUCAAGUAGGGAGUGAUGACCAAGUUGACGGAUGAUAGAGUUAUUUGGGGGACGAAAACCCGGUGCGCCGACUCUAUGGGAUUAGGUUAA